CAUUGGUGAGGCUCUUUAAAAGAACCCACAAGAUGGAUCUACAUCCAUUGUUUUCUCUCAUCUUUAAACCUGAACAUCUGUCAAGAUUUGUGAGAUUUAAAGGACUUACAUCCAGUACAAUGAUGAAGACUGCAGUUAUUCUGUCAUGUGUUCUGGGGCUGGCACUGACUCUGCCUGCGGAGGUGAAGCACCAACGAGUGGCUCGCUCUGACUCUGAUUCUCACUCCAACUCCAACUCUGAUGAGGCUGGUUUCAAUUUGCCGCCUCAGCUGACAAAAGAUCAGUUUCUUCAACUGAUCCUUAGCUUCCUCACACCACCUGCCCCACCUGCCCCAGCCUUAACUCCUGCCCCAGCCUCAACAUCUGCCCCAGCCCCAGCCUUAACUCCUGCCCCAGCCUCAACAUCUGCCCCAGCCCCAGCCUCAACUCCUGCCCCAGCCUCAACAUCUGCCCCAGCCCCAGCCUCAACUCCUGCCCCAGCCUCAACACCUGCCCCAGCCCCAGCCUCUACACCUGCCCCAGCCCCAGCCUCAACUCCAGCCCCAGCCUCAACACCUGCCCCUGUGGGUCAAUAAGGAAGUGUUUGGUUGAUUUGAUUGUCUCAGUCCUUGAUCCUGACAUUGAAUAUGAAUUGUGUAUCAUCAUAUUGAAUUCCUGGCAAAGUCAAUUUGGGAACAGAAUAAAUUAAAAUGUAGUAAAUUCUAAAUACUGAAU